AUGGAGUGCGUGGCAGGGCCCGGUGUUCUGCCCUUGUUCGCUGGCCACGAGCCCUACCACUGCUGGUUUGGCGGCAACGACACAACCAUCGAGAAGAGCAUGAAGAAAAUCGAUGCGUCGGUCAAACAGGCGGUAGAUCGAUGGAACAAGAUCAAGAGCAACCCUGAGGCAGAGAUCGUUGGCGGCAUCGGGUUCUCCGAGGGCGCGCUCGCCCUCUCGAUGCUGCUCUGGCAACAACAGCAGGGCAUGGUGCCCUGGUUGUCACGGUUGCAGUUUGCCGUGAUGAGCUGCUGCUUCUUUCCCGGCGAGGCUUCCUUGUGGCUGAACGCCAGGGCCCAGGACUUCGGCCUCAGCAAAGCGCACAUCAAUGUCCCCACGCUUCACAUACAUGGUAAUAGGGAUUUCUGCCUCGGCCGCGCACGGAGGCUGGUCAGAGCCCACUACCAGCCCGAGUAUGCUACCGUCAUUCAAACAGAAGCCGGCCAUCACUUGCCAACAAAGAAAGAGGAGGUGGCAGAGGUGGUCAAGCAUAUCCUCAGUUUGUCGACGACGGCUCCAUCGAUCGCCGUAGCAUAG